AUGCCGACCAUGCGCAGUGUCAUCGUCCUCCAGAUUCUGAGCGUGCUGAUCGGUCUGAGCUGCUCCCUGAAUCCAAGAGACCCAAACGUGUGCAUCCUCUGGGAGAGCUUCACCACUUCCGUCAAAGAGUCCUAUCAGCAUCCUUACGACCAGGUGACAGACGAGCCCUGCGCUGACCCUCGGACCUCCUACAGAUGUCUGCACCACAGGAUCACGUACAAGACGGCCUACAGGCAGGCGGUAAAGACGGACUAUCGCAAGAGGUACCAGUGCUGUCCAGGGUUCUACGAGAGCAGAGACAAAUGUGUCCCUCGCUGCACCAAAGAGUGCGUCCACGGCCGGUGUGUCGCUCCAGACCGCUGCCAGUGUGAGGGAGGCUGGCGAGGAGACGACUGCUCCAGCGCCUGUGAUGACAAACACUGGGGCCCUCGAUGCAGUCAGCAAUGCAAGUGUGAGAACGGAGCUCUGUGUGAUCCUGUGAAGGGCCAGUGUCAGUGUCCCCCCGGGUUCAUCGGACGCCACUGCGAGGAGUCGUGUCCAGCAGGAACCUUUGGGAAAGGCUGCCUGCAGAGGUGCAAGUGUGGGACCGGAGGAUCCUGCGAUAAAGCAACAGGAGAGUGUGUGUGUCGGGACGCAUUCACUGGAACAUUCUGUGAGAAGUCGUGUCCCAGGAAAUGCCAGGUGCGAUGCCCCUGUCAGAACGGGGGCAUCUGUCGGGGCAAAGGCGUCUGUGCUUGUCCCCCCGGAUGGACGGGUGCAGUGUGUACGGAGCGAUGUCCUGAGGGAAGGUUCGGGCCAAACUGUGCAGAGGAGUGCGUCUGCCACAACAGAGGGAAAUGUAACCCCGAAACUGGGCAGUGUCAGUGUGCUAAAGGUUUCGCUGGUAACAGGUGUAAUGAAGAGUGUGCAGCAGGAAGUUACGGUCAGGACUGCAAAGGUGUGUGUGACUGUGCUAACGGAGCUCGCUGUUACAACAUCGACGGAGGCUGUCUGUGCGAGCCGGGCUUCAGUGGCCCGCACUGCAGGGACAGGAUGUGUGCGCCGGGAAAGUACGGCAUGCACUGCGAACGCACCUGUCUCUGCCAGGACAAACACACACUCAGCUGCCAUCCGAUGAAAGGCGAGUGCACGUGCCAGCCGGGCUGGGCAGGACUGUUCUGUAAUGAGACGUGCGCUCAUGGAUUCUAUGGUCAUGGUUGUCUGGAGCCAUGUCUGUGUGUGAAUGGAGGUGUGUGUGAUAGCGCCACUGGACAGUGUCACUGUGCACCAGGGUUCACGGGCGUUCAUUGUGAGAAUCCAUGUAAAAGUGGCACAUAUGGUAAAAACUGCUCCCUGGAGUGCGCCUGUGAAAACUUUGUUGACUGCUCAGCAGUUGAUGGGACCUGCUUCUGUAAAGAAGGCUGGCAAGGACCGGACUGUUCCACCCCCUGCUCCGAGGGAACCUGGGGUCCAGGAUGCAACAGCACGUGCCACUGUGCAAACGGGGCAAAAUGUCACCCUGCAGAUGGAACCUGCACCUGUGCAGCCGGAUGGCAGGGGCCACACUGUGACCAACCAUGCCCUAUGGGCACGUUUGGUCCAGGCUGUCUGAAGAGGUGUGACUGUGUCCGUGCCGAUGGUUGCCAAGCUACCACCGGGGAGUGCCACUGUCUGCCAGGCUGGUGGGGUCUUCGCUGCAGUGACUCAUGUUCAGAGGGCUUGUGGGGGCGUCACUGUAAUCAGUCCUGCUUCAAGCAUUGCCCCAACAGUGACACCUGCAUAAGGGAAACUGGAGAAUGUGUGUGUCGUCCAGGCUACUGGGGAGUCACCUGUCAGAACAAAUGCAGAGCUGGUAUGUACGGCGAGCAGUGCAGUAUGUCCUGUCCAUCCUGCGGAGAGUCGUACCGCUGCCAUCAUGUGACAGGAGAGUGUGACUGUCUGCCGGGAUACACUGGACACAACUGUGAUCAAGUUUGUCCAGCUGGUUACUAUGGAAAACAGUGUUCUGAAGUGUGUAUUACCUGUGCCAACAACUCCACGUGUGACCACAGGGAUGGUCACUGUGAAUGUUUGCCCGGCUGGACGGCAACAGACUGCUCCAAAUCGUGUAGUCCAGGACGUUUUGGUCCAUUCUGCACACAGACCUGCUCCUGCCCGACCAGUCUCAUCUGUGACAGGUUUGCCGGAGACUGCGUCUGUGAAAGUGGAGGAGACGACUGCAAACAAGAAGCACCUGAGCAGGCAGGCAGCGUCAUGGUGCCUCUUCCUCCCAGUGAGAGGGAGUCAUGGGGAGCCAUUAGUGGCAUCGUCGUGCUCGUCAUCCUGGUGGUCCUGCUGCUCUCGCUGCUGCUGCUCUAUCGCCGCAGGCAGAAAGACAAGCAGAACAACGCACCCACCGUCUCUUUCUCCACCAGCCGUACUGUCAACUCUGAAUACGCUGUUCCAGAUGUUCCCUACAGUUACCACCACUACUACUCCAACCCCAGCUACCACACACUGAGCCAGAACAGGCCUCCACUGCCACACCUCCCCAACAACCACGACCGCACUAUCAAGAACACCAAUAACCAGCUGUUCUGUAGUGUGAAAAACAUGGAGCGGGAGAGGCGUGGCCUGUUUGGUGUAGAGAGCAACGCAACGCUGCCCGCAGACUGGAAACACCAGGAGCCCCGCAAAGACUCAGGGGCGUUUGGAAUCGAUCGGCGCUACAGCUACAGUGCCAGCCUUGGAAAAUAUUACAGCAAAGAGCUGAAGGACACGGUGGCUGUUAGCAGCAGCUCUCUGAACAGUGAGAAUCCCUACGCCACCAUCAAAGACCUGCCGGGCCUGCCCUUCUGUCCCCAAGAGAGUAGCUACAUGGAGAUGAAGUCAGCUGUUCCCAGAGAGAGAGCGUACACCGAGAUCAGCCCGCCUCCAUUCAACACGGCCACUUUACACAGAGGUGAGGAAAAAGAUCAGACCUCUUUGUUCUAGAAGAGCGGUGUCAAA